AAAGCACGCAAAGAAAACUUUGAACCUUUUACUGCUACCAAGAUUUGUUGUUUCAAAUCCAUAUGUCAGAAAUAUUAGAUAAUUCAUUUGCUUUUAGCACCCCCAGGUUGGUUUUCAAGAAGGUUUUGGCCCAAUCUCAAAGUGAAGGGGAUGGAAUUGUUGUUAGAAAAGGCAUUGGAAGUAGCGAGCUGAAGAAUUUGGAUCCGUUUGUAUUGUUGUAUCACUUCUCAGUGUCUCCUCCUGGAGGAUUUCAAGAUCAUCCACACAGAGGUUUUGAGUCAGUGACCUAUAUGCUAGAGGGUGGUAUAACUCACCAAGAUUUUGCUGGCCACAAGGGUACAAUAAGAGCUGGUGAUAUUCAGUGGAUGACUGUAGGCAGAGGAAUUAUCCACUCUGAAAUGCCUGCAGAAGCAAACAACAAUGCAUUGCAACUUUGGAUCAAUUUAUCAGCCAAUGACAAAAUGAUUGAGCCAAAAUAUAAAGAAGUACCAAGUGAAAAGAUAGUAACAGCAGAAAAAGAGGGUGUUGAAGUGAAAGUGAUAGCAGGAAAAGCAAUGGGAGUGGAUUCAGCAGUCUACACAAGAACACCAAUAAUGUUCCUUGAUUUCUCAAUGAUACCAGGAACUGAGCUGCAUCAGAGUAUUCCUGAGUCAUGGAAUUCUUUUGCAUAUAUAAUUGAAGGGGAAGGUGUUUUUGGUUCACAAAAUUCAUCACCAAUUGUGGCUCAUCAUGUCAUUGUUUUCACUCAAGGUGAUGGCCUUAGUGUUUGGAAUAAAUCUUCAAAGCCUUUGAGGUUUUUGUUGAUUGGAGGACAACCAUUGAAUGAGCCAAUUGCUCAACAAGGACCUUUUGUCAUGAAUACACAAUCUGAAAUUGAUCAAACUAUUCAAGACUAUCAGAAUCGCACCAAUGGUUUUGAGAUGAGGCUAAAUUGCAUAUCUCAAUAGAUAAUUAACACUAUCACUUAGCUAAGUUAAAUGUACGUGCCUUUGGAUAGAAGACAAAAUUGAUAAAAUUAUGGUGAUAUUAAAAUUUCAGAUAAA